GGGGAACUCUGUGGUCAGGGAGCUGCUUGCUGAGCACAGCUGCGCAGUGCUGUCAGAGCGUCCGAUCCCCAGCCCAAGAUGAUUCCAGCAGUGGUCUUGCUCUUACUCCUUUUGGUUGAACAAGCAGCGGCUCUGGGAGAGCCUCAGCUCUGCUAUAUCCUGGAUGCCAUCCUGUUCUUGUACGGUAUUGUCCUCACCCUGCUCUACUGUCGACUGAAGAUCCAAGUGCGAAAGGCAGCUAUAGCCAGCUAUGAGAAAUCAGACGGCGUUUACACGGGCCUGAGCACCCGGAACCAGGAGACUUAUGAGACUCUGAAGCAUGAGAAACCGCCACAAUAGCUUUAGGACAGAUGUGGUCACAUCCCUCCUUCGACUUCUAGUUCUCCUCCCAGUCCUUAUGGUCGGCAUCACCUAUGCCUCCAUGCUGUUAAUGCCAGCUGACCCUACCCCUAUAACGAUGCCACAGCCCAGAUUAAUAUACACCAGUGGUUCCUCCUCCCUGUCAGAGACUAAUGCUCAGAUGCUGUUCAUGGAUGUUUACAUUCUAGUCUCACUUCCUUGUCUUACUCUUCUUCCCUUCCUCAUGCCCAUCUCCCACUAAACAGUAGGAAGGGAAUGCUCUCAAUAAAGCUGCCACAGACUGGACU